GAAGUUUCUAUCUUCUGCUUGAGUCUGAUCAAGCAUUCAUUUCCAUAGAAGAAUGAGCGAAGAAAAGGGAAAGGAAGGGCUUAAGAAGAAGGUGAUGGUGGCCAUAGAUGAAAGUGAGGACAGUUACCAUGCUCUCAUGUGGGUGCUCAACAAUCUCAAAGAAUCAUUCAAAAGUUCGCAGCUUGUUAUCUUUGCCACGCAGGCAACUCCAAAAUGUAACAGCUUAAGUGGAGCACAUAUUGGUUAUGCUCGCAUGUACUGUACAGCUUUAGCCACCCCUUAUUUGAGUGGCAUAGCAAUGGAAACAAAUAGGAAGGUUUCGCUUGGUUUGUUGGAGAAAGCCCAGGGCAUCUGUGCAAGCCAAGGGGUAUCUGUAGAGACAGCGACAGAGGCUGGGGAUCCUAAGGAGGCCAUCUGCAAAGCAGUUCAAAAGUACAAAAUCAAUCUGCUUGUAAUAGGUGACCGUGACAAUGGAAUUCUCAAAAGGUUCUUCCAUGGGAGUUUAAGCCGCUAUUGCUUAGACAAUGCCAAGUGCCCUGUUCUUGUUGUGAAAAACUAGAAAGGGAAAAUCAGCAUGAUUAGUUGUAUGUUGUAUAAUAUGGCUGACAUGUUAAGUUGAUUGAAGCUGCUAUGUUUGUAAAUCAAACGGUCAUGUUAAU